GCAGAGUUUUGAGUUUAUAUUCAGGACGAGAUCAUUUUCACGUUUCGUCCACCGAAUUAAUGGUUUAAAAUAAUAAAAGCUCAAAAUUCAAAGAGACAAAGAGCCUUAAAAGGGGCAGAGGAAGCCGCUUCUUGUUCCUCUUUUUUUCCUUCUUUCUCGAUCGUCACUGCAUGUUUUGUUCUUGACUCGAACCGUUCCUCUCUGGAGUUUUUACACUACCAGAGAAGAUAAACUCCGGGGACAAUGUCUGCUCCUUCAUGCAGUGUCGGAGGAGAAGUAGGUGGUGAAACAUGUUCGGCUCUUGCUAACUCUUCCUUACCUCCGCCUUGUCCGAAGUCUCCGCCGGAAUAUCCAGAUUUGUACGGGAAACGUAGAGAGGCGGCGAGAGUUCAGAUGCUAGAGAGAGAGAUUGGUUUUCUCGAGGGGGAAAUUAAAUUCAUCCAAGGCGUACAACCGGCUUCUAGAUGCUGCAAAGAGGUCUCUGAUUUUGUCGUUGCAAAUUCUGACCCAUUGAUCCCUGCACAACAAAAGAGUCAAAGACACGGUCGGUUCUGGAAGUGGCUAUGUUGCGGUAUUCCGUGCUUGAGCCUAGCGAGUUUCUGCUGUUGCUGCCGAUCCGAGUGUUCCUGCCAUCUGAAGAAGCCCAAGUGCUGCAUUGGUUCCAAAUGCUGUGGCGGAUCAUGCAGCUCAAAUAGCUGCUGUUGCUCGAGCUGUUCAUGCUUCCGAUGUUGUUGCCGUUCUUGUCCGGACUUAUCUUGCUGCAUGCCCACCUGUUUCCGCAGUUGCACUCGACCAUCGUGUCUGAAUAAGAAGAAGAGCUCUUGUUGCCGCUGCAGCUGCAAGAUCAGAUUGUCAUCUUGUUUUAGAUGUCCCAAGUUACGACUUCGUUGUUGUUUUUGCAAUUGUAAAAAUCUAUGCUCUAAUCCUUGUUGUUUAGCUUUCUAAACACUAUUAUAGUUAUAGCUAUUUCCUCUAUAGUCAUAUUCUUGUUCACUUCUUUAUCUUCUUACUAAUUGUAAUAAGCCUGUGGAUAUUUUCUUUUUGA